ACAUGACGCGAACUAUACCACCUACUUUAUUUAGGUUUUUCCAAGUUAACUUUACCAAUUUCAUAACAUGAUAAAACAGUUACAAUAUACUUGUUUUUACCUGUAUACGAAGCCUCGUGCCGGCAUUUAGUCAUUUAAGUUUUCGUUUUCCUGCUGAGAUGUUGUUUUAGUCACUUUAUUUACGGCUUUGUACUUAAGUGAAAUGGAUAAUUUGCCAAAUUUUAAAAGUAUAUCGUGGUGUAAACCACACUGGGAAUUACCGAACAUUACAGAUCAAAAUAAGUCAUUGCUCCAACAAUGUACAAGUUUGUCGACAUUGAAUUUGUCAGAUGAUGUUGAUGAAAUCAUUGAAAAGAGCAAAGCAUUCCCGAUAGAAUUCCCAAUACAAACUGUUAGGUUGAUUAAUUUAAAAUCUCAAAGACCUAUUGAAAGACUAAGAAGGAAUGUAACAUCAACGUAUCCUGUCAUACAUGAGAGGGUUUUAAUUUUGAUGACUAAAUUUUUGGAAUAUAAAAGACUAUUUGGAUCAGUUAUUGAAAAAGCUCUAUAUGAAAAGAUGACAGUGCCAGAACUUAUAGACAGAAUAUUAAAAAAAAGAGCAGUAUGUUUUGUUGGACCAAGGGAUAAAUAUCUACUGCUCAGUGGCAAAAGAGGGGCAGAAGGCUGGGAAGAAAUUGGCACAACAGAGGAAAAACCACCUCUGAUAUUAGAGAAUUGUUUAAGUUACGAUGAAAUGAAACUAUCAUCAAUGGUAUAUGUGAGUGGAUACACUGAAUGCAUAAAUGACGGCUCAAGAUUCAAUAAAGGUAAAGUUGUAGACAAUUGUGAACAAGAAGCUAUUAUCAUUGGUUUAGUUGGCCCUCGCUUUCGUCGGCGCGGUAAAAUGGACUAUGAGGAUAUAAUAAUAAUAAAGCAACAAAAUUGUCCAGAAAAUGGUUAUGGCGAAGAGAGUAAAAGUUUUUUAAAAAUACCCAAUCAAGAAACUGACAACAGGCAAGCGGCCAAGUACGCUUUGAGGGAACUUUGGGCGGAAUUUUAUCAGGUUUGUAGUAAUUUGGAAGCUUUACAGUUUUUAUCAUUAUUAAAAAAAAAUAUAUGCAAAAACAAUGAUUACACACAAACAUUUGUAUAUUUACGGAAAGGCAAUCUUAAUAGUAUAUUUAAUAAUGAAGUAUAUUACAAACGGAUAUGUGUUAUUGCUGAAACAACUCUCAUAGAGGCCGAGCACAGAGCCAAGGAAUGUGGGAAGAAUGCAUUUGUUAAUGUCGUUGGAUGUGGUCUUGGGGUGUGGAUGGUAUCAAAACACCAGCCAGAUGUCUACGUUUUGACAUUUUUAGAAAGAAUCAAAUCAUUUCUUAGUAAUAACAUGUUAAAUCACGUCACUGAUAUUAACUUCGCGUAUAUAAAGGACACAUCUAACGUUGUUGGUAUGUUUCAAAAUUCGAAUGAAGUAACUAAAACAAGCGGAACAAUAUUUCUUAAAAGUGAAACGCAUCCUAAAGGUGGUAUAAAAGUGUCUAUGGAGAAUAGGGAACCGUCUGCUCGUUUGACAGGCGAGCAUGAAGGCAAGCUACUGGUGAUGACAUACCCAUGGGACAGCAACGCACAUCCGGGGAAUGAGUUCUGGUUUGGUAGCUUACACACAUCAGGUGAUCCUGCAGCAGCUUGUUCCACACAAGUGUCGGAGUUGCACAACGCACACAUCAACCCCGCAGUGAGUGCGUACAAUGUCCGAGUCGCUGGACGCAGUGGGCUGAAGACGCUCUCCGAGUACUGUCUCGCUCUCACUGCGUAGGAGUGAGCGAGACGGCACACAUCAUACAUAGCGUUAGCACUGCAUAUGACUGUUAUAUAG